UACCUUCCUCGUCCCGUCCACCAUGUGGCCCUUCUUCAGCCAAACUCUCUUCCCACCCCCAACCGAGGCCUGGCUCCAGAGAGCUUCCUCGGACCCUGAGGCCCAGGGCUGGGGGGCCUGGAGCAGGACUGAGAAGAGCCCUCUGGGGCCAGGGGGUGGGGAUGAGGAGGAGGAGGAAACAGGAGAAGCCAAAGACGACGAUGAGGAGGCAGGCUUCCUGCUGUCUCUCUUGGGGAGGGAGGACCUGGCCAAGUGCCCGGUACCUGACCAGGAGCUGGAGGCCGUGAAACUGAAGCUGUGGGCCUUGGAGCGGGCCCAGGGACCGGAGCCGCCCGGGGCGCAGGCCCAGACGGGGAAAGAGGAGGGCGCCGGGGCGGUGCUGGCCGGGCAGCUGCUGAGCCCCGAGACAGGCUGCCCCAGCCCCGGGACCCCCACAGAGAAGGUGCAGGCGGACCACAGAUCCAUCUACGUGGGCAACGUGGACUACGGGGGCACGGCUGAGGAGCUGGAGGCCUACUUCAACCACUGCGGGGAGAUCCAUCGGGUCACCAUCCUGUGUGACAAGUUCUCUGGACACCCCAAGGGGUGCUGCCCAAAAGGACCAAUUUACCAGGCAUCAGCUCCACCGACCGCGGGGGCCUGCGGAGACACCCAUGCGCCAGCGGGGAGCCCUUCCCACGCAGCAGCCUCCAGGGCGGGGCCCGCUUCAGACCACGGGGGCGGAGCCGGGCGCGUGGAAGAUGCUCACCGUGGUAUUCACCGUAUUGAAGGGAUGCCCAGAUUUUGAGAGUGGGGCUGGGUCAGGAGUAAAUAGCUGUUUCCAUGUGGGACCAUUUACUCCAGAGGACCGGGCCUGCAGUGCUGUGGGGUCGUAGGGCAGGCUGGCAGGGCACGGGGGAAAGCUGCAGCCGCGUCCUGAAGAACCAGCCCUGCCCCCUCCACUCAGGUGGGAGGAUGGCCCACUAGGGAG